AUGGGCGCCUAUCUCUAUGGGCGGCUAUCUCUAGGGGCGGCUAUCUCUAUGGGCGUCUAUCUCAAGGGGCGCCUAUCUCUAGGGGUGCCUAUCUCUAUGGGCGCCUAUCUCUAUGGGCGCCUAUCUCUAUGGGCGCCUAUCUCUAUGGGCGCCUAUCUCUAUGGGCGCCUAUCUCUAGGGGUGCCUAUCUCCGGGCACCUAUCUCUAUGGGUGCCUAUCUCUAUGGGCGCCUAUCUCUAUGGGCGCCUAUCUCUAGGGGCGCCUAUCUCUAUGGGCGCCUAUCUCUAUGGGCGCCUAUCUCUAGGGGCGCCUAUCUCUAGUGGCGCCUAUCUCUAUGGGCGCCUAUCUCUAUGGGCGCCUAUCUCUAUGGGCGCCUAUCUCUAUAGGCGCCUAUCUCUAUGGGCGCCUAUCUCUAUGAGCGCCUAUCUCUAUGUGCGCCUAUCUCUAUGGGCGCCUAUCUCUAUGGGCGCCUAUCUCUAUGGGCGCCUAUCUCUAGGGGUGCCUAUCUCCGGGCGCCUAUCUCUAGGGGUGCCUAUCUCUAUGGGCGCCUAUCUCUAUGGGCGCCUAUCUCUAGGGGCGCCUAUCUCUAGGGGUGCCUAUCUCUAUGGGUGCCAAUCUCUAUGGGCGCCUAUCUCUAUGGGCGCCUAUCUCUAUGGGCGCCUAUCUCUAUGGGUGCCUAUCUCUUUGGGCGCCUAUCUCUAUGGGCGCCUAUCUCUAGGGGCGCCUAUCUCUAGGGGCGCCUAUCUCUAUGGGCGCCUAUCUCUAUGGGCGCCUAUCUCUAUGGGCGCCUAUCUCUAUGGGCGCCUACCUCUAUGGGCGCCUAUCUCUUUGGGCGCCUAUCUCUAUUGGCGCCUAUCUCUAGGGGUGCCUAUCUCUAUGGGCGCCUAUCUCUAUGGGCGCCUAUCUUUAGUGGCGCCUAUCUCUAGGGGUGCCUAUCUCUAG